UCCAAAAAAGCCCUCAUUGCAAGCGCCAGUGGCUUUGCAACUGGGAUUAGAGCCGUCCCAGUGUCUCCCCUCUGGGUUCCUACUGCCUGAUGUUUACUUUUAUUUAUUAGAAUAGGCUCAGUCUAGGACAGUGAGAAUCAGGGGAGAGGGAGAUCAGGGAAUCUGAAUGGAGGAGCAUGUAGUAUAGCUAGGGCUUUUGAUUUUAGGUUUUAACUGAUAAGUGCCAAUAAAACACCCACGAUUAAAAAAACAUCUGUUUAUCCAGUCAGCACUGGAAAUGAUUACUCAAUUCAUUUCCAAUGCAGUUUCCCAGUGCAGCUUGUUUAUACAGGUGAUGCUCCCUGGUUUGUAGCUAAGCACUUGUCUACACAGAGCUGUAAUGUGGACUGCAAGGGUGUGAUUUCUGAAGUGCAAUAAUUGCACAUUAAUAGGUCUGUGUAGACCCUACUGGUGCACACUAAAGGUUCCCUAGUGCACUGUGCAGUGUAGUUUGAAACAGUAUUAUGUGUAUGUACAAAGAGGAGAGCUCCAGAAAACCGUGAUUUUUGGACAUCUAUCUGGAAGUCAAAAAUUGCUAAAAAUAAAUUCUGAAACAUGAAAUUAAUAAGCCCAGAAAAACAGAAGCCCUAAGUAUAACCUAGUGCGUGUGGCACUGGACUAGCACUCAGGAGACCUGGGCUUAAUUUCCAGUUCUGCCAUUGGCUUCCCUCUCUGUGCCUCCUUUUCCCUUCUGUAACAUUGAGCUAAGGGUACUGACCUCUGUAGUAAAGCGCUUAGAGAUCUAAAGACAAAAAGUACUAUAUAAGAGCUAGAUUUUGUUUAUUCCUGGAGGAAGUUUUGAGAUUUGGGUAGGGUGGGGAGGUCUGUAGGAAGGGAUUUCAGGUUGACCGUGUUGGAAUUGUAAAAGAGGGAGUUGAGCUUAUUAAAGGGGGAUUGGGAAUGCUGUUAUCAGGCCAAUUGUGGGGUUCUUGUUGCUGUUACUACAGUAUCAAUUGUAGCUAUUUAUAAUGCCUCGAUCACUACAGUAGCUGGGCAACUGUGUUUCCUGUGUAGAUGACCGAUUGCUGCCUCCUUCAGUAGUGUCUGUAUGAGAAGAUGAGAGAGAAUGUUUUAAUUUUGACAGCUGGGUAUCUCAAUACAAUACCUUCUCUUCCCUCAUGUCCCUGGUGGAAGGGACUUGUCUGACCUGCUAGACCUAGCUUCCCCCAUUGCCAGAGUACUGUUUCCUUUCUUAAGGACACUUGGCAACAGAUCGUGGCUAAGAGAGGCUUCUGGGAAUGCUGAGACUCUGUCAAUUAGUGGCUGAGACUUGGCACCACCUGGGAUCUGUCAACUGCUCCCCUCCUGCAGAUAGUGUAGGAGUUGGUAUGACUAAUGAAAGAGCUCUUGAGAGAAGCGUGAACUUUCUCAAUGAUCUGAUAUGUUACUUCUAGAAUCUAGAUAGAACGCCAGAUGGUGCACUCUCCCUGUGAAUCCUGAUGAUUUAAUCACUUCACAGCUCUCUGGCUCUUCUUACAGCAGCCAGAAGAGGUUGCUAGAAGACUGUUUCCUUACUUUGAGGGUCAUUAAUCCUGUUCUGGACAGAGAGAAACAAUGUGCAGAAACACCAUGAAAUUCUGAAGGCUCUUGGUUACUGACUAUCCUUGAUCUUGUCUAUCAGUGUAGGGCUCAGAGCUGCAGUUUUGCAUUCAAGGCUGAGACAGUAGAUUGGUGUCCUGAAAACCCCUCCUAUUGCGGAGUGAGACACUAUUGUUCUCAAAAGGCCCCCAGUGCCAGUUCAAUUGAAUUGUGUCAAUCUCUCAGCCAAAGUAAAUGGAAGGUGCCUGGAAGGCCUGUGAGAUUGUAAACUCUUGGCUGGAUCACUCUAAUCCACUUUAUUUGGGCCUUCCUUUGUUCUGCUGACACCAAAUGUGGUAGCAUAACUACUCCACUGGCCUAAGAACCAGGGAUGCCCAUGCUCUGAAUUGGCAGCCUCUUCAACAAUGCGGUCCAGGGUCUCUCUCUUAGUAUUGCUAAUAUCUGGCUAGUCCAAGUGACACACUCUCCAUUAUUAUUACUUACGUUACCGUAGCAUCUAGGAGUCCAGAUGUGGACUUCAUUUUGCAAUCUAUAUAAACACAGGACAGUCCUUGCCCCGAGGAGUUGAUAUCCAAGUAUAACACAAGAGCUAACAGGUGGAUACAGACAGAUGGGGGAGUACAAGUAAACCGUGAGAACACUGACCUGCAUCUUGGGUCAAGUGUUUUGUAGGCAUCAUGGCAAAGGAGCGUUCUGAGGAGAGAUCUGAAGGUGGAUUACGCAUUGGUUUUGUGACUGUUUAUGCAACGAACCUCCCAAGCAUGGGGGCAGCGGGAAAGAAAGCACGAAGGUUUUUUGAAAAUGUAACAAGUGGGCAGUGGGUACUAGCAUCAGGGACCGAUCGAAGGCGAACACCGACAACUCGGUAGCGAAUGAGAGCUGAUAGGCAGGGUAGGGAUUGACGGUGAAGGGCCUUGAAAGUGAAUGUCAGCAGCUUAUGUUUGCUGCCCUGCAGAAGGGGGAGCCACUGGAGGAUUCACAGAGAGGAAUGACCUAGGAUAAUGAUCUUUGCAGCAGCAUUGCCAAUAUAGAGUCAGGCUAACCAAUGCACUCUUCGGUGUCCUGCUGAGGUAGCUGAGAUCAGCAGGGUUGGGACUACUGACUGUCCUAGGUAUUGGGUGCAGUCUCUAGGGAACUUGGAUGCAAGACCUUCCCAUGACAUACUCUGGGGUACAUGUGAUGUCCACCCUGGCCACGCUCAAGACAAUAGAUUCUUUUAUAGUGUAUUUGCGCUUCAUUGCUCUAAUUUAGAUUGUAAGCCCCUCCUAGCAGGGGCUUUCUUUGUUUUUUGCCUGUUAAAUUCCAGGCAACAGCAAUCAACACGGGGCAGGGAAGACCUUGAAAAAUGUUAUCCAAGUGCCACUCACCCCAGCUGCUUCCCUGAUGGUGGUCCACAGCCCUUUUCUUCUCUCACUUGAUGAUUGCUAUUCCCUUCCCCGUAUUCCAGUGAUCUAGUUUGGAGGGAAGAGGCCUCCUGGCUGCUUUGGGGUGGUUUUUCUUGGUCACUAAAGGGGCUGUUGCUCCUUUACUAGGCAAGAGACAGGGAGCCCCAUGUGUACAGUUUGCUCCUGUGUUGAUUGCACUGAGGAAGCAGGAGCCAGCAGGGAGCCAGAGUCCAGAAAAUGAAGCUAAAGGAAAUUGAGCGAACAGCUGUUCAGGUGUGGAGUCCAGCAAGCAAUCACCCCAUCUACCUAGCAACAGGGACAUCUGCUCAGCAGCUGGAUGCCUCCUUCAGUACAAAUGCCACCCUGGAAAUCUUUGAGAUUGACUUCAGGGACCCUUCCCUGGACAUGAAGUGCAGAGGAAUCCUUCCUGCUUCCAACAGGUUUCACAAGCUGAUCUGGGGCGGCUUUGGAAACGGGUCGUCUGAUUCCUCCGGGGUGAUUGCUGGUGGAGGGGAUAAUGGAGUGCUAACGCUGUUCAGUGCAACCCAGAUUCUGACGUCAGGGACAGAGUCUGUGAUCGGACGGCGGGAGAAGCACACUGGCCCCGUUCGAGCUCUUGACUUUAAUCCUUUCCAGUGUAACCUCCUGGCCUCUGGGGCCAAUGAUUCUGAAAUUUACAUCUGGGACUUGAAUAACUUCAGCGUGCCAAUGACGCCAGGGGCUAAAUCUCAGCCUCAGGAAGACAUCAGCGCAGUGUCCUGGAAUCGUCAGGUGCAGCACAUCCUGUCCUCCGCUCACCCCAGUGGGAAGGCUGUUGUGUGGGACCUCAGGAAGAACGAGCCCAUCAUCAAAAUCGGCGACCACAGCAACAGAAUGCACUGCUCGGGAAUGGCCUGGCACCCAGAAGUUGCUACCCAGCUGGUCCUUUCCUCUGAGGACGACCGCAUGCCCGUGAUCCAGAUAUGGGACCUACGCUUUGCCACCUCUCCUUUGAGCCAGCUGGAGGGUCACACGAGGGGAGUCCUUUCUAUCUCUUGGUGCCAGGCUGACCCUGAGCUCCUUCUCAGUAGUGCCAAAGACAACCGGAUCUUGUGCUGGAACCCCUGCAUUGGUGAGGUGAUUUAUGAGCUGCCCACUCAGAGCCAGUGGUGCUUUGAUGUCCAGUGGUGCCCUCGGAAUCCAUCAGUCUUCUCCGCUGCCUCUUUCGAUGGGUGGAUCAACGUUUAUUCUGUUAUGGGUGGGAGCCUAGCAGCUCAGCAGAAGACUCAGGCUGACAAGAUCUCCUCCUCCUUUAACAACCUGGACCCCUUCGGCACGGGACAGACCCUUCCUCCUCUUCAGGUGCCAGAGCAGGUGGCUCAAACCACCUUGAUCCCGCCACUGAAAAAGCCCCCCAAGUGGAUUCGCAGGCCGGUGGGGGUCUCGUUUGCAUUCGGAGGGAAAUUAAUCACUUUUGGCCUCACCAAGGCCCCAGCACAACAAAUGCAGCAGAUUCCCCCGCGCCAGGUGUUCAUCAGCCAAGUCGUUACUGAGACAGAGUUCCUGGCCCGAUCCAGAGAGCUGCAGAUGGCCCUGCAGUCGGGAAACCUCCUGGACUAUUGCCAGAGCAAGAUUCGAGCAGCCCAGCUGCAGUUUGAAGAGAACCUCUGGAACUUCCUGAAGGUGAACAUGGAGCCAGAAUCCAGGACUAAACUCCUGAAGCUGCUGGGCUAUAGUAAAGAGGAGCUGCAGAAGAAGAUCACGUCCUGUUUGGGGAAUGGUAUCCCAGAGAAGCAGCACUUUCCUGAGGCAGAUGGCUUGGCUCAGGCUACACAGCCACCUGUUCAGGGCUCAAGAUGCUCCAUGACCGAAGUGGGUGCUGCUUCCUCUUCUUCAGGGUUCUUUGACAGCCUCGUCCCUCAGGACAUGAGCACAUUGGAGAUCCCGGUCACAACAGACACGGAUGGGCUGAUCAGCCAGGCACUCCUGGUGGGGAACUUUGCCGGCGCUGUGGAGCUGUGCGUGAGGGCUGACCGUUUUGCUGAUGCCAUCAUUCUGGCUAUCGCUGGGGGGGAGACGCUACUGCGGGAGACCCAGAUGCAGUACUUUGCCAAACGGAAAACAAAGAUUUCUCAGCUUCUUUCCUCCAUCGUGCAGCAGAACUGGCGAGAUGUAAUCUGCACAUGUGACCUGCAGAACUGGAAGGAGGCACUGGCCAUCUUGUUAACGUACUCCAAGCAGGAGGAAUAUGCCCAGCUCUGUGAUAUACUGGGGGCCCGUCUGGAGUCAGAAGGCAAGGGGGUGCUGUCCAGUGAAGCCUGCCUAUGUUACAUCUCAUCCGGCAAUGUGGAGAGGUUGGCGAAAUGCUGGGUAAAAAACCACGAGACCUCAUCGCCCCUAGCUCUGCAGGACCUGGUGGAGAAAGUGAUGGUGCUGAGCAGGUCCAUUGAGAUGCUCCGAGGCUCCGUGGGGCCAGCUUUGGGCCCUGUCUUGGCAGAGCGGGUCACCCAAUAUGCCAGGCUCUUGGCAUCGCAGGGGUGUUUGGCGGCGGCAAUGAGCUAUCUACCCCGCAGCUCUGAUGAGCUCCUGAUCCAGCAGCUCCGAGACCGUCUCUUCCACGCUCAAGGGGAGAGCGUGGGCGAUCAGCAGCCGCCUCCUUUCCCCUAUGCUCGUGUGCAUGUCGGGCCAGUUAGCCACCCAUUGCCGGCAGCCAAGAGCAGCUCUGCUCCGGAAGGGUCAGCCCGCAGACCGGGUUCCAGGCAUCCAGAGAAGCCCGUGUACCAGCCAUCCUUCACCCCGCCGGUGUCAGUUCAGUCUUCAGUGCCUUCACUCUUCAUGCCUCAGCCGGUGCCAGCGGUGCCCACGGCUCCUCCCCAGGCCAGCAUUUCCCCCACUACCAGUAUGUACUCCAGAGCAGGAGGCCGGCCCCCUUACUGCCAGUACGCCUCCGGCUUGGCACCAGCUACGGUUCCCGGGCCAGCAUUGUCCCAGCCUCCGCCAUUCAGCCUGCCAGGAGCCAGACUCGCUGGACCAGCUGCCUUUCCCAAUCAGCCUCCUAUUUCAGGACAGCCUGGGCCCAUUGCACCCCCUGGCAUUCCACCACCGGGAUCAACCUUCUUCCCUCCAGCCUCGGUCCCUGCACAGCAUCCUGCCGCCUGUCCUCUCCCCACAGCGGGGCAGCCCCCUAUGCUUUUUCCUUCAGCUCCUUUCAGCUGCCCCCCAGGUGUGGGCUACCCUCAGGGGGGCCCUGGAGCUCCUAGCAUCCCUCCCCCUCCCACCGAUCAGGAAUCUUGGAACAAUCCCUCUGCUCUCAGGGGAGGCUUUCAGAAAAAAAAGUUGUCAGAGAAGUUCACCCCUCCAGCUCCAAUCACAGCUCCAGUAAUGAGCCACCCUACAGAGCCGCGGGCCCUGCUGCCUCAGAUUCCCAGAUCCCAGGAACCUGGCCAGGCACCCCCGGGAGCACCCAAAGAAGGCAGCAUGCAGUUUCCCCAGCUGCCCACAGAGAGAAUCGAGAGGAAGGAGCUGCCCCCGGAGCACCAGGGGCUGAAGGCCACCUUUGAAGGGCUGGUGCAGCGCUGCAGUGCCGUCGCCACCGACCCCAAAACCAAAAGGAAACUGGAGGACGCGGCGCAGCGUCUGGAGUGCUUGUACGAGAAGCUCCGGGAGCAGGCUCUCUCCCCUCACAUCCUGAUGGGGCUACAUGAGAUCGCUCGCUGCAUGGAGGCCCGCAGCUACCAGCAGGGCCUGCUGGUCCACACCCAGGUGGUGGGUAGCAGCAGCUUCAGUGAGGUGUCUGGCUUCAUGCCCAUCCUGAAAGUCCUCAUGACCAUCGCCAGCAAGCUGAACGUCUAGCGCCUGGUGUGGAGGCGGGGGGCAGUCUGUGGAGACGGAGCGGGAUGGCGAAUCCGAGCGCUGGGCUGCAGGCUCCCUCCAGCUCCCGAGCAACAUGUGGGAGCCAAGCCAUCCCUGUCCCCCUGCAGAGACCCCACCGGGCACUGACUCUUCCCUUCCCACGGCUUGUCAGUGUUAGUACUGCCAGCUGGGUUGCACUGAGAUCCUCCCAAACCAGCUGUGUGUCUGCUCCACCCUGGCCCCAUACAGAGAUGAGAGGAGACUCGCUCCUUCCGGCUGCCCCUUCAGCCGCUUUUCAAACUGAGUCUGUCCAGCGUGGCGGUCACCUGCACAAAGGCAAAGCAAGGGGUCUCCUUGGCUACCCCUGCGCCCCCCACCGGGGAUGGGGAGACCACCUGUCUACAGCAGAGCCUCACUGUGAGCUGAGCUCUCCAUGCUGCGCACAGCCAUAGGGACCUCCCUUCAGCCUCACCCCCUUGGCCCUCUCCCUGCCCCUUCGCCCUCUAGGCCGACAGUUCAGCAGGGGCGCGUGCUGGCCUCUGCUCUGCAGCUGCCUUCUCCUCGGCACCCUGCACCUGGCUCCCUUUUCUGUCCCCUCCCACACUGCGCCCCUUGAGUGCCUCUCCCCACACCCAAACCCUUCCGCGUCCUGGCCCCUGUGCUCUCUGGCUCCCCUACUCCUCAUGGGGAGCGCCAGGCUGCUCUCCGGGCUCCCUCGCAGCAUGCAGCAUUUGUUCUGAAAGCUGCACUGAGUAGCCCCCAGCCUCACGAGCACCUGUCCUGCUGCCAGCCAGUAUUGUGUGAAAGCCCCUAGGCUGGGAUUUCAGAGCUGGCUAGGGGAUUUCGACACGUGGGAGAUGUGCCAAUCCCCUAGCCGGUUCUGAACUCUUCACCCUUCAUGGGGAGGGCCCCAAAGCUUGAGGGCACAGUGGGUCCCUCCCAGCCAAGUCUGGGCCACAUCCCCUUCAUCCUGCAAGGCCCAUUGGCACAGCAAAAGGAGGGCACUUGCUGUGGGGAAUGGUGCUGUUCGAGCCGGAGGCUGUGCUGAGCCCUGGCUUGGCAUUCGGCUGGCGUUGGCUCUAGUGAACCCGAGCGGUGAUGGGGCCAUGGGGUUGGCGCUUGGAGGGCGGAGGGUAUUUCAGGGCAUAUGUAGCUCUCCUGCUGCCCAGCCCCCUGCCGGUGAUGCGCUCCGCUUGCCCUAUGACUUUCCAUACUGUUUGACACCCUGCUAUCCAGCACAGGGGCAGCCUCUCACUCCCACCCAUUGGAUCUGGAGCACCCCCUGCUGAAUCGGGGUGCUCUGCCGGGACCCUCAGGAAGGGGGUGUCUCUCCCUCGCUCUGUGAGCACAAAGUGCCUCAAUAAAGCUGCUUUUUGUGAAA